UUUGGGUAAAGAAAUACUCUUGCGCUCAUGCCUCUCGACUCGACUCGAUCUGGUUAUUGUUGAAGUACUCUCCCGAGCUAGCGGGCACCAAACUUUUAAAUCUAUACUUUGCCCUAGAGCAACUGUGACUAAUGGCAUAGGUAUUAGGAGGAAAUCAAGGCAGUUGGUGGCUGGAGUAGCAUGUUGUUGUGUACAGCUUAGGUAAUGAUAGUAAUUAAAGAUAUAACGUUAGAUAAAAAUAUAUAGGUACCUUAAUAAAAUGAUGAUUAUACAUUUAAAUUAACAUAGUCAGGAUGAAUAUAAAUCAAGUUUACCACCACUACAAUUUGUUUGGUUGACCAUUGGGAGUCCUGUAUUUUGCGGCUAGAUCAUAAAGAAGUCAUCAUCAUCUUCACUCAUGUUUAAGACCACCUCAUCAUUAAUAAGUUUUCUCUUUCUUUUGUAGUACGAAACAAAAUAUCGAGACAAGAAAAAGUAAGAAAAAAAAUUGGGAGAGGGAGGUAUAAUAACUACAUAAAGCAUUACCUUGCACGUUGUGCGUUUAAAAAAUUAUAAACAAUCUGUUUUCCCAUAUGCAUCUCUAUCGCCAAAUAUACUGUGUUUUACCUCCGAUUUCGGGCAUUCUGACUUAAACUGAUCUUAAUUUUGCUUCAAUUAAAUGUACCAAAAUGAACCUAGGAACAAAACUCAUAAGAUACGCGCUAAUUGCAAUUAACAUUAUCUUUGUGAUUUGUGGAAUAGGAAUGAUAACAGUUGGAGCUUUGGGUACCAGACAGGAUAUGACACAUUUCUUGGGUAUCAAAUAUAUAUCGGCGCCUAUAAUUUGUAUUCUUGUAGGAUGUAUUAUAUUUGUGGUAGCAUUCUUUGGAUGCUUUGGUGCUCUCAAAUAUAACCACGUUAUGGUGCUGGUGUUUGCAUUGCUCGUAUUUGUUAUAAUAGUUUUGGAGAUUGCCGGUGGUAUUUGUGCAUAUUCAUAUAGGGUAAAGACUGAGGCUUUUCUUAAAAAGAGCAUGGAGGAAAGUCUAAGUCGAAAUCAUAAUGACACCUUAAAAAUCUGGGAUGCGUUGCAAUCACAUUUGGAAUGUUGUGGCACCAAUGGUCCAGCAGAUUAUAGAAAACAUAAUUUUACAGUUCCAAGAAGUUGCUGCAAGACCAGUGCUAGCAAUGCUACGUGCGUUGAAGCAGAUGCUUUUCAGGAUGGCUGUUAUCUUAAAGUAAGUGAAGUAUUCAGCAGGCAUGUAAUCGCCAUUUUUGCGGUUGCUAUUGGUUUCGCUAUAGUUGAGCUUCUGAUAUUCAUGUCUUCUUUGCUCUUAGCUCAUGAAAUCAAGAAAGAAAAUGAAGCACUUAAUUAAGCUGUGUGUUUUGUUAGCAUGCUUAUAUUAUUCUAAUGCGUAAGAUUAUUUCUUAUUUUUCAAAUUUCAAUUGGCUGUAAAUUUACUUAUUCGGACAAUGAAGUACAGAUAAAUAAAAUAAUAUUUACUUGAAACUGAAUUAAUUUCAAAUGUUUGCGGGCAGGAGACAUCGAAAUGUCUUGAAAACUAUUUAGAAAUAUCUCAUUCCUUGACUACAAAUUUAAGCGUAUAAAUAUUAAAAGACAAUAAUAUAAAUAUUAAAAGACAAUUAACAAAGUCAAGAAUAAACAGCUUGCUUUUUGCCGUCAGUAGAACAAAUAAUAACAAUGAUGUAGGGUUGUCAACAACUACGCUCUUUGCAGAAUAUUUUAUAGAGGAGUAAACAAUUCAAAACUGUAAAGCUUUCAGAAUUCCCGGUAAUUAUGCUUACAUUUUAAAAGCCGCAUCACAAGAUUACAGGAGCAAACUGAUGUUUCAUAUGAUUUUUUAAAUCCUUUGCAUGUAGUGGUGUGGAAAAUAACUUUAAAUCAAGUUUACGAAACAAAGAUUCAUACAUUAAAAUGUAAACUUAGAUUUUGGAAAAGUUCAACGGAAUACAAACAAAUGUCCCUGCUCAACAACAGGACGAAAAAUGAAGGGAUCUUGCUGUAAGUGUAGUGAAAUGACAAUCGCAGAUUCCGAAAAGCAGUGAAGAAAAAUGUGUUGUAAAAAUGCCAUGUAGAUAUGAUUAAUGAUGGUUCUCUAUCAAAUUUUCAAAAACAGAUUUUCAAUUCUAGAGUUAAAUUGUACUUUAGGUUAAUAUCUGUCUGAUCUCUCGAUAUUUUUGGUUGAAAAAAAAGCACUUGAUUCAUGCAUCAAAACGAUCCUUCAGGUACCGUUAUAAGAGAAAAGUUGCCAGGCUUCAAGUCAAUUUUUGGAUUUAUAGCUUAAUAUAAUGCAAAUCAAACCUCGAACCUUCUCUAGGGUGGAUUGUCACCAAGUUCUUGAAAUCCUAUGAUCAAUGAUAGCGCAUUUACUUUGUCAAUGAGUUGUUAUUGUCUACUGUUAAAAUACUUGAAGUGGCUAAGUUAAAAUGUGAAUUUUUAAAAAAAUUAUUACGGAUUCGUUACUUUCAGUCAAAAAUAUACAAGAAAAUAAUAUUUUCACCUGAAGGACAUUUUUUACUCUAAACAAAGUCAUCAGUUUGUAAAAUGCACAAGUGCUGGCGUAAUUUUAUUAUUUUUAUUGGAUAUAUUUGCUUCUGUUCACAACCAGGAAUGCCAGGUUUAUUAUUUGCAGAAAUUCGUUUGAAAUAGUUAUUACUUUAGGAGACCCAUUUCAGGAUGAUUGGAUUGAAGUGGGCUUGAACUUUUGAACUGGAAAGACUGUGGCUUGAACUUUUCAAUUAUGAAGAUGUUGUCGUAAACAACGUAGCUUUAAAUCAGAUUCAAUUAAUA